GUGGUGCACGAGACUGAGAACGUGCUCGCCGGAGAUAACUCCCCGAGCCCUACUCCUGCCACGGCGACGCCGUGGAUGGCCUUUUUCUUCGUCUGGACCACUGUCUUGGGGCUCUACCUCAAGGACCCGUGGAUCGACGCCGCGGCCCGUCAGUGCCCGGACUUCCCGUGGUCCAACCCGCGCGCCGCUGACGCCGAUGUUGGAAGCGCGGUGCUGGGCGGCUCGGCCGCUGCGACCACCGACGAUGCCCUUCGGUUGUGCGAGUCCCCAGGCCAUCCAGGUCCCAUGCCGCUGUUUGUCCGCGAUCAUGGACUCACGGCGUGCAAUUUCUCGACGCAGGAUCGCGCGCGCAUCAAGCUGCCAACAGAACAGCCUGCGGCUCCGCGUGCGUCCGACAUGGCGGGGCACGUCGGCAAGAUUGCCGAGUCGCUGCAGCGCACUUGCUGUCGCGUCUUUCAGGUGCAAACCGCGUGGCGGGACUACGAAGUCAAGGCAUCUUCAUGGAUCGCAUCCCGUGGAGGUUUUAGCGGCGAUAUUUGUGAUCCUGUGCCGGUGGCAACAUUCGCAGAGGACAACAUCACAAUGGAGAAUGCGUGUGAGUUGAACACUGGCGACCCGACAUGGAAGCCCUG